CUCGCUCGCUCGCGAUUCAUCGUGUUACGUUGCAGAGCUUCUCUCUUCCUCUUCAUACUUGGCCCGCACAUCACCACCUCUCCCUCUCUCAGAUUCAGUCGAUCGCAAUUCCGGAGGCGCCGACCCGUGCCCUCGUCCUAUGACUCUGAUGACUCCUCCGCCUGUAGAUCAGGAGGACGACGAGAUGCUGGUCCCCAACACCGAACUCACCGAAGGUCCUCAGCCCAUGGAAGCUCAAGCAGAUACUGCAGGUACGGUCGAAACACAAGCUGCUGAAGAUCCCCCAUCGGGGAGGUUCACAUGGACGAUAGAGAACUUCACAAGGCUUAACACCAAGAAGCUUUACUCUGACAUCUUUUAUGUUGGUGGACACAAGUGGCGAGUUCUUAUUUUCCCAAAAGGGAAUAACGUGGACCAUUUGUCAAUAUAUCUGGAUGUUGCGGAUUCGGCGACCUUGCCAUAUGGUUGGAGUAGAUAUGCGCAGUUCAGCUUAACUGUUAUUAAUCAGAUUCACAACAAAUUCUCCGUAAGAAAAGAGACACAGCACCAGUUCAAUGCACGGGAGAGUGAUUGGGGUUUUACUUCCUUCAUGCAUCUUAGUGAAUUGUAUAAUCCUAGCAGAGGUUAUCUGGUGAACGACACAUGUGUUGUUGAAGCUGAUGUUGAAGUUCGCAGAGUAGUCGAUUACUGGUCACAUGACUCCAAAAAGGAGACUGGUUAUGUUGGACUUAAGAACCAAGGAGCUACCUGUUACAUGAAUUCCCUUCUUCAGACGUUGUAUCAUAUACCUUACUUCAGAAAGGCGGUGUAUCAUAUGCCAACAACAGAAAAUGAUAUGCCUUCAGGAAGCAUACCGCUUGCUUUGCAAAGUUUAUUCUAUAAGCUCCAGUACAGUGAUACCAGUGUAGCGACAAAGGAGUUGACGAAAUCCUUUGGGUGGGACACUUAUGAUUCAUUCAUGCAGCAUGAUGUGCAAGAACUUAACCGGGUUCUCUGUGAAAAACUUGAAGACAAGAUGAAGGGAACUGUUGUGGAGGGUACAAUUCAGCAGCUGUUUGAAGGUCACCAUAUGAACUAUAUUGAAUGCAUUAAUGUGGACUACAAGUCAACGAGGAAGGAAUCCUUUUAUGAUCUUCAACUUGAUGUAAAAGGCUGUCGAGAUGUAUACGCUUCUUUUGACAAGUAUGUAGAAGUGGAGAGACUUGAAGGUGAUAAUCGAUAUCAUGCCGAACAACAUGGUUUACAGGAUGCGAAGAAGGGUGUACUAUUCAUAGACUUCCCCCCCGUUCUUCAACUUCAGCUAAAACGAUUCGAAUAUGAUUUUAUGCGGGAUACAAUGGUUAAGAUAAAUGACCGUUAUGAGUUUCCUUUGCAACUUGAUCUCGAUAGAGAGAAUGGAAAGUACUUGUCGCCUGACGCAGAUCGGAGUGUUCGCAACCUGUACACACUUCACAGUGUUUUGGUUCACAGUGGCGGUGUGCAUGGGGGGCACUAUUAUGCUUACAUUAGGCCAACCCUCUCAGACCAGUGGUUCAAGUUUGAUGAUGAACGGGUGACAAAGGAAGAUGUGAAGAGGGCAUUGGAGGAACAAUACGGGGGAGAGGAAGAGCUACCACAAACAAAUCCUGGGUUCAACAGUUCCCCAUUCAAGUUCACAAAAUACUCGAAUGCGUAUAUGCUAGUAUAUAUACGUGAAAGUGACAAGGACAAAAUUGUUUGUAGUGUGGAUGAGAAGGACAUUGCUGAGCACCUUAGGGUAAGAUUGAAGAAAGAGCAAGAAGAGAAGGAAAAGAAGAGAAAGGAAAAAGCCGAGGCACAUCUAUAUACCAUCAUAAAGGUCGCACGCGAUGGGGACCUACAUGAUCAGAUUGGCAGAGACAUAUAUUUUGAUCUUGUGGAUCAUGAUAAAGUACAAAGUUUUCGUGUUCAGAAGCAGAUGCCCUUUCAGCUAUUCAAGGAAGAAGUUGCUAAAGAGUUUGGCAUACCUGUUCAAUGUCAACGGUUCUGGUUGUGGGCAAAGCGGCAAAACCAUACAUAUCGUCCUAAUCGGCCACUGACACCUCUGGAAGAAGCGCAAUCUGUUGGGCAAGUGAGAGAAGUAUCCAAUAAGGCAAGCACUGCUGAAUUGAAGCUGUUUCUGGAGGUAGAAUUGGGGCAGGAGUUGCGCCCUGUGCCACUGCCAGAGAAGUCUAAGGAGGAUAUUCUUCUCUUCUUCAAGCUCUAUGACCCUUUGAAAGAGGAACUUCGGUACGUGGGAAGGCUCUUUGUGAAAAUACUUAGUAAGCCAGCUGAAAUACUUACAAAACUAAAUGAAAUGGCUGGUUUCUCUCCGGAUGAAGAGAUUGACCUUUUUGAGGAGAUCAAAUUUGAACCUAAUGUCAUGUGCGAACCUGUUGAUAAGAAGUUCACUUUCCGUGCUAGUCAGCUUGAAGAUGGAGAUAUAGUAUGUUUUCAGAAGUCUAAAGUUGGCAGUACUGAACAACGUCGCUAUGCUGAUGUUCCAACAUUUAUGGAAUAUGUGCACAAUCGUCAGGUUGUUCGUUUCCGAUCAUUGGAGAAACCCAAAGAGGAUGAGUUCUCGCUGGAGUUGUCAAAGCUUCACAACUACGAUGAUGUCGUGGAAAGAGUGGCCCGCCAUCUCGGUUUAGAAGAUCCAUCCAAAAUUAGGCUGACGCCUCAUAAUUGCUACUCCCAACAACCUAAACCUCAACCAAUCAAGUAUCGAGGAGCAGAGCACUUGUGCGACAUGCUUGUUCACUAUAAUCAGACUUCAGAUAUUCUUUAUUAUGAAGUCUUGGAUAUCCCCCUGCCUGAACUACAAGGUUUGAAAACUCUGAAGGUGGCUUUUCAUCAUGCAACCAAAGAUGAAGUUGUUAUUCAUUCCAUAAGGUUGCCAAAACAAAGCACUGUUGGCGAUGUUAUAAAUGACCUUAAGUCCAAGGUGGAUUUAUCUCAUCCAAGUACCGAACUGAGGUUGCUUGAAGUUUUUUAUCACAAGAUCUACAAGAUUUUCCCACUCAACGAAAAGAUUGAGAAUAUAAAUGAUCAAUACUGGACUUUGCGUGCAGAAGAGAUUCCCGAAGAGGAGAAGAACCUUGGUCCUCAUGAUCGUCUUAUUCAUGUUUAUCAUUUUAUGAAGGAAACUACUCAAAACCAGGUUCAGAAUUUUGGGGAACCCUUUUUUCUGGUUAUACAUGAAGGCGAGACCCUGUCUGAUAUUAAAGUUCGUAUACAGAAAAAACUGCAGGUUCCAGAUGAAGAAUUUGCAAAGUGGAGGUUUGCAUUUCUGUCAUUGGGUCGUCCGGAGUAUCUUGCAGACUCUGAUGUUCUUUCUACUCGUUUUCAGAGGAGGGAUGUCUAUGGGGCUUGGGAGCAGUAUCUUGGACUGGAACAUACUGAUAAUGCUCCAAAAAGGUCAUAUGCAGUCAAUCAGAAUCGUCACACAUUUGAGAAGCCGGUGAGAAUCUACAACUAGAAGUCGAGCCUCCACUAGUUCAUUGGAUGUGUUGAGGGCAGUGACAUCUCACACCGUCAGGAAGGAGCUCCGCAUGUUCAAUCUUAGACUGCCAUUGGAAGAGCUAGUGGUGUAAUAUGGCAUGGUGCUAAAAGGACGUGAUUGAUGGAUUGUGGUAAUCUCGAUACUGGACCUUUUGCCAACCUUCAGGCAUCCUUCUCUGAGAGGAAGUUGGCGGGGGUUCAUUUACUGCAUUGUAAUCAAUGAAAACAAUUUUGGGGUGGGUGAUGUAUAGAGGGUAUAGGAGUGUGUUCUUAAAUUUUCGAUUUGAUUCUUUAGUUGUGUCUAUACCCCAAUGUAUUAGUGUAUGGGGGGGUUUUGUAAAAUGUUAAUGUAGGAUGCUGGUUCUUGUCUUGCAAGAAAAGCUUUACAGUUGGCCUGCAGAAUUUGCCCCGCCGAUUCUCUCGACCGUUCCUUUGUUGUAAAAGAGGUGGUUUGGUCAUUCGAACUGCUGUAGUAUUCGUAAUGUCAUUAUGUCACACUGACAUAUCUAUGUUGCAACUUGUUCGGUAGUCUCGAACUUUUAGUC